AUGCUUGCUCGUGGUGUACUGGCAUCUCUUGUCUUCCUGGGCUUCACCUUGGCCAGUCCUACGCCCAACACAGCAGAUGGCGUUACUUGGUCUGUCAGUGGCCCUAAGGAAGCUGUGAAAGCUCUUGGAGAUCCUGGAGAGGCCUUGCAGGCUCUCGGCAAGGCUAUGCAGGCAAAGCCUGGAACCACGGCUGAUCAGCCUGCUGUUCGGGUUCGCGAGGAGGCUGAGGAGCCUGUAACUGAGGCUGAUCAGCCCGCUAUUGAGGUUCGCGAGACGGCUGAUGAUCUCUUGAUGUACUACAACGCUUGA